AUUACUUUGGCCCGUGCUCUCUUGCCGGUUAAAUUGUCCUUGUAAUCACCUCUCAUCAACAUGUCUGAACUCGCCGUUUCAUAUGCUGCUCUCAUCCUCGCCGACGACGGUCUUGAGAUCACCGCCGACAAGCUGCAGACCCUCUGCAAGGCCGCCAACGUUGAGGUCGAACCCAUCUGGGCUUCUCUCUUCGCCAAGGCUCUCGAGGGCAAGGACGUCAAGGACUUGCUUUUGAACGUCGGUGGUGCUUCGGGUGCCGCUCCCGCUGCUGCUGGUGGUGCUGCUGCUUCUGGCGACGCACCUGCCGCUGAGGAGAAGAAGGAAGAGAAGGCUGAGGAGAAGGAGGAGUCUGACGACGACAUGGGCUUUGGUCUCUUUGACUAAACGCAUCUCGCAUACGUUCAUACAAAAUCUGCAUCCACCCAGCUCUGCUUUUAUGUGUGAUUUACCAGUGACUUUUGCCGCGACCAGCGUGUAUCCAAGAC